AUAGAAUACUGGCGUCUACAUUUCUUUCACCUUCUCACCUGGUUUUUAGCGUUGGGCGUAAUGGCUACUCCACAGAUGCCCAUCAAAUUCCAAGAACAUUUACAGCUCGUUAGUGUUGGGAUUCAGCCUAGCAGCAUAGGAUUUAGUACUCUGACUAUGGAGUCGGAUAAGUUUAUUUGCGUCAGAGAAAAGACUGGUGAGACAUCACAGGUUGUAAUUAUUGAUAUGAAUGAUCCAAUGAAUCCUACACGCCGUCCUAUUUCUGCCGAUACCAUAAUAAUGAACCCCGUAAGUAAAGUAAUGGCAUUAAAAGCUGGGAAAUUGUUACAAAUCUUUAACAUCGAACUGAAAAGCAAAAUGAAGACGUACACGAUGCCCGAAGAUGUUGUAUUUUGCAAGUGGAUAUCUGUGAACACUAUCGCACUGGUGACUGGAACUAGCGUCUAUCAUUGGGCUAUGGAUGGUGAUUCAAAUCCAGUCAAGAUGUUUGAUCGUCAUCAAUCCCUGGGGUCUAGUCAAAUUAUAAGUUAUCGUUGUGAUCCGAGUCAAAAGUGGUUGUUACUCAUCGGAAUAGCUCCACAGGAUAACCGGGUUGCCGGAUACAUGCAACUGUACAGCGUGGAGCGUAAAGUUAGUCAAGCAAUAGAGGGCCAUGCAGCUGCAUUUGCUCGUUAUGUACCGGAAGGAAACAGCAAUCCCACUACAUUGUUUUGUUUCGCAUCUCGAAAUGCCCAGGCUUGUAAGUUACACAUUAUUGAGGUUGGUCAACCACCCGCGGGAAACCAACCGUUCGCUAAGAAAGCUAUUGAUGUUUACUUUCCACCAGAAGCUCAGAUAGACUUUCCUGUUGCAAUGCAGACUUCGCCAAAGUACAACAUAAUAUAUUUAAUAACAAAGAGUGGGUACUUACACCUGUAUGAUAUUGAAAGUGGAACGUGUAUAUAUAUGAAUCGCAUAAGCAGCGAGACAAUUUUUGUAACAGCUCCCUAUGAACCAACUUCCGGUAUCAUUGGCGUUAAUAGAAAAGGACAGGUGUUAUCUGUCAGUGUCGAUGAAGAUACCAUCAUUAAUUACAUAACCACUACAUUGGAAAAUCCCACGCUUGCCCUCCAAAUGGCUUCCAGAUGCAAUCUUCCUGGAGCAGAAGACUUGUUUAUUAAGAAAUUCGAUUCUCUUUUUCAAUCUAAUCAGUUCAGUGAAGCUGCGAAGUUAGCAGCAAAUGCUCCAAAAGGUAUUUUGCGUACUCCACAGACCAUUCAACGUUUUCAACAGGUGGUAACCGCCCCAGGGCAAACAUCAGUUCUGUUACAGUAUUUUGGAAUUUUACUUGACCAAGGUCAGCUUAAUAAGUUUGAGAGUCUGGAGCUUUGCAGACCAGUUUUACAACAAGGUAGAAAACAGUUGCUGGAAAAGUGGUUAAAGGAGGACAAAUUAGAAUGUUCGGAGGAGUUGGGAGAUCUUGUUAAGCAGGCAGAUCCUACAUUGGCUUUGUCUGUCUACCUAAGGGCUAAUGUCCCACCAAAGGUUGUACAGUGUUUUGCUGAGACUGGCCAGUUUCAGAAGAUUAUCGUCUAUGCAAAGAAGGUCGGCUACACACCAGAUUACAUUUUUCUGUUACGCAACCUAACCCGUAUCAACCCAGAUCAAGGUUUGCAGUUUGCCCAAAUGCUGGUUCAAGAUCAAGAACCUUUAGUUGAUUUAGAACAAGUCGUAAAUGUGUUUAUGGAUCAGGGUUUGGUGCAGCAAUGUACAUCAUUCUUAUUAGACGCAUUGAAACACAAUCGGCCUUCUGAGGGACAUCUUCAAACUCGUUUAUUAGAAAUGAAUCUAAUGUCAGCGCCUCAAGUUGCAGAUGCUAUCUUGGGCAACCAAAUGUUUUCCCAUUAUGAUCGGGCAGCUAUUGCCCAGUUGUGUGAGAAAGCGGGGUUAUUGCAAAGGGCUUUGGAACACUAUACUGAUCUUUACGACAUCAAGCGGGCUGUCGUAAGUACACAUUUAUUAAACCCUGAGUGGCUUGUCAAUUAUUUUGGCUCGCUUUCGGUCGAUGAUUCGUUGGAGUGUUUGAGAGCUAUGCUGCAGACAAACAUUAGACAAAAUCUCCAAGUCUGUGUCCAGAUUGCUACUAAGUAUCAUGAACAGUUGGGGACGAAUGCUCUUAUCGAAAUUUUCGAAUCAUUCAAAUCGUUUGAAGGCCUGUUUUAUUUUUUGGGUUCCAUUGUUAAUUUUAGUCAGGAACCUGAAGUUCAUUUCAAAUAUAUUCAGGCUGCUUGUAAAACCGGACAAGUCAAAGAAGUUGAAAGGAUUUGUCGCGAAAGCAAUUGUUAUGAGCCGGAACGAGUUAAGAAUUUUCUUAAGGAAGCAAAACUUACUGAUCAGUUACCUCUGAUUAUUGUCUGCGAUCGCUUCGAUUUUGUUCACGAUCUCGUCCUUUAUUUGUUUCGUAAUAACUUGCAAAAAUAUAUAGAGAUUUAUGUGCAGAAGGUUAAUCCAGCGCGUUUACCAGUGGUUGUCGGAGGCCUUUUAGAUGUCGAUUGUUCCGAAGACGUUAUAAAGCAGUUGAUGGCAGUUGUUCGUGGACAGUUCAAUACGGAUGAACUUGUUGCAGAGGUAGAAAAGCGCAAUCGACUGAAGUUAUUACUUCCAUGGCUUGAAUCACGAGUACAUGAGGGAUCAGUUGAACCUGCCACACAUAAUGCCUUAGCAAAAAUAUAUAUUGACCUUAAUAACAAUCCUGAACGUUUCUUGAGAGAAAAUCAAUAUUACGAUAGCUCUGUCGUCGGCAGAUACUGUGAAAAGCGUGAUCCACAUUUAGCGUGUAUUGCGUAUGAACGUGGACAUUGUGAUCAAGAUAUUAUUAGAGUUUGUAAUGAAAAUGCAUUAUUCAAAACUGAGGCUCGUUACUUGGUUAGACGAAAAGAGCCGGAGCUAUGGGCAGAAGCUUUAAGUGAAUCUAAUAGUUACCGUCGACAGUUAAUUGAUCAAGUUGUUCAGACGGCACUUUCUGAAACUCAAGAUCCUGAAGAGAUAUCCGUUUCUGUUAAGGCAUUCAUGGCUGCUGAUAUGCCGAAUGAACUUAUUGAACUUCUGGAAAAAAUAGUUCUGGACAAUUCAAUAUUUUCUGAUCAUCGUAAUCUCCAAAAUCUGUUAAUUCUAACAGCAAUUAAGGCUGAUAAAAGUCGUGUCAUGGAAUAUAUUAAUCGGUUGGAUAAUUAUGAUGCUCCUGAUGUUGCUAAUAUAGCCAUAAAUAAUUCUCUUUUUGAAGAGGCAUUUGCCAUUUUCAAGAAAUUUGAAGUGAACACAUCUGCUAUACAGGUAUUAAUUGAUCAUGUCAAAAAUUUUGACAGGGCCUAUGAAUUUGCUGAACGUUGUAAUGAGCCAGCUGUGUGGAGUCUUCUAGCUCAUGCUCAAUUAGCUCAAGGUUCUACAAAAGAAGCUAUUGACUCAUACGUGAAGGCGUCUGAUCCUAGUCGAUUCCAAGCAGUAUCCGAAGCUGCUUCAAACUCCGGAAACUGGGAAGACUUAGUCCGGUAUCUCCAAAUGGCACGGAAGAAAACUCGUGAGACAUUUAUUGAAUCAGAACUCGCCUUCGCCUAUGCAAGAACCAAUCGUUUGUCAGAUCUGGAAGAGUUUAUUUCAGGACCGAAUCAUGCCAAUAUAACUGCUGUAGCUGAUCGUUGUUUUGACCAACAGUUAUACGAGGCAGCUAAGAUAUUAUAUUCAAACGUUAGCAACUAUUCCCGCUUAGCAAUAACUUUGGUUCAUUUAGGUGAGUACCAGGGAUCUGUUGAUGCUGCUCGAAAAGCGAAUUCAACACGCACUUGGAAAGAAGUGUGUUUCGCUUGUGUAAAUCAUAAGGAAUUUCGUCUGGCUCAAAUGUGCGGUCUACAUAUUGUUGUACAUGCAGAUGAAUUAGGUGAUCUUAUUAAUUACUAUGAACAACGCGGUCAUUUCGAAGAACUUAUUCAACUUUUGGAAGCUGGUUUAGGUUUGGAGCGGGCACAUAUGGGAAUGUUCACCGAGCUAGCAAUAUUAUAUUCAAAGUUUAAACCAGAGAAAAUGCGGGAACAUUUGGAGCUUUUCUGGUCUCGCGUCAAUAUUCCAAAGGUUCUUCGUGCUGCUGAACAAGCUCAUUUAUGGUCGGAGUUAGUAUUUCUUUAUGAUAAGUAUGAAGAGUAUGAUAAUGCUAUUCUUACGAUGAUGAGUCAUCCAACUGAAGGAUGGAGAGAAAAUCAUUUUAAAGAUUUAAUAACACGAGUUGCCAACGUAGAACUAUAUUAUAAAGCAAUUCAAUUUUAUUUGACUUACAAACCAUUACUUCUAAAUGAUUUACUCAUGGUUUUGUCACCACGUCUGGAUCAUACACGUGCAGUAAAUUUCUUUAUUAAGGCAGGGCAUAUUGCUCUAGUUAAACCUUAUUUGCGAUUUGUUCAACAAAAUAAUGCGAAUAAUAAAUCAAUAAACGAGGCUUUAAAUGAUUUGUUAAUUGAAGAAGAAGAUUACCAAGCUUUGAGACAGUCUAUUGAAACACAUAGUAACUUUGACCAUAUUGCUUUAGCUCAACAGUUAGAGCGUCAUGAACUCAUUGAAUUUCGUCGUCUUGCUGCAUUACUGUUCAAAGGUAGUAAUCGGUGGAUGCAAAGUAUCGACCUUUGUAAACGUGAUCGUUUAUAUUCUGAUGCCAUGCAAUAUGCUUGUGAUUCUCGAGAUCCCGAGACAGCUGAAGAGUUACUUCGUUGGUUCCUUUCUGAAAAUCUUCCAGAUUGUUUUUCAGCCUGUCUUUACCGUUGUUACGAUCUUCUGCGUCCAGAUAUUGUCUUGGAACUUGCUUGGCGCAAUGGACUCAUGGACAUGGCUAUGCCAUUCUUAAUUCAGACUUUGAGAGAAUUAACAACAAAAGUGGAUCGUUUAGAGCGCUCUGAACAAACUCGUGCUGCUGAAGAAGAGAAAGCCGAACAGGCGAUUAAUCCGCUAGUGAUGCGAGCUGAACCCCAGUUAAUGUUAACAGGACCAGCAGGUGCUAUGCCAGCAGCUUUAAUCCCACCAGCAGGUGCGCCAAUCGGGAUGUUCGGAGUUACUGGCCCACAAAUGUACUAUCAAACAAACGGACCAUCUUUUUAAAAUGAUUUCUGACUAUUGUGAUAUACUAUACUUGUUUUCAGACUGUUGUCUGUUUACUACUUAUAUAAUUUUUAAUUUAGCCGAAAUAUGCUGGUUUCCUGUUGUUUUUAUGUUUAAUCUAUCUACCGAAUUUUCCAAUUAUCGAUAAUUUGUUGUAAAAGACGCCUCUUCCACUCAAUUAGUACUUGACAGAGCUGCAGACUUCGCCAAUGAUUCAUUUUUAAAGUUUGUAGUAAAUAUUGUUAUGUAUGGUAAACCAGCCGUUCAUUGAUCAACGGUUAAAACAUGUUUCAUAUAUCAUUAUCGUAUUUCUAUGAUUUACAUUUGUCUGUGGUUAUGUCUCUCUGAGUAUGUUAGCGCAUGUACCCCUAACCAUUUCCCAACCUCAAUACUAAUUGAUUCUCGUUCAAAUAAGGGGACGUUUAUUCAUUCCAUUUAUAUUCAGUCUUUUUGGCCAAUUCAUCAAAUCAUUGUUGCGAAUAUUUCACUAUUUAUUUAUUCAUCAUAAUUGCUCUUAUUGUAAUUUUUUUCUUCAUAGGUCAUUUUUUUGGUUUUUUUCUCAACAGUAACUAUCAUCCAUUUGUUUUUUCUACUUAUUUUCGUGUCUAACGUGUUACAAGAAUGCUCACAUUCGUCAUUAUAUUUAUUAACCUUUGAAGCUUGAAUAUGUAGCAAAGUGCCCAAUGUACUUGAAAUUGAAAAUCAUUGUAUGAACAAUUAUCAAUUCGGUUGUAUGUAUAAUCUAAAUGUGAUCCUAUACAUAUGAUAUUAUUUACUUAUAAUAACAUCACUGGUCAGGAAAAUGAUAUCGCAGUUUUGAAUGUCAAUUUUAAUAUUUCGGGAUAUGAUUAAUUUUCUGUCCAAUUUACAGUUUCUUGUUCUUUAAACUAAGUAUAUCUUGAUUAAUUAUUGAUAAGAACAUUUUGUAUUAGACAGUUUUAUAUGAUACUAGCAAUUAUAUAUUCGGAUGAUGUGGAAGUUUUCCUAAUGAGCUGGUUACACGUAAUUAUUAAUUUGUAUUGCUUUUAAUGAAUCACUCUUGGUCGACUUUGUCAAAGAAUACUCAGCGUAUAUUAGCUUUCAAUAAGUUAUAUAAAUAUAUAUAUUCCAUUUUUCAGUCUCAUGCUACGUAAUUAUUAAUGACAGCAACGUGAUAUAAUGUUCAUUCUCCCUGUUAAUAUUUUUUAGGAUUUCAAGUUCCAAUGUUCUUUUCCCUUGUUGUGAA